GGUGGGUAUUCCGUUGGGUCUCGUCAUGUUUCAGUCGAUCGGAGAACGUCUAAACAAAUUCGCGUCGGUGAUAAUACGUCGUGCAAAACGCUACAUGCAUUGCACCCAAACCGAGGCAACAGAAAUGAAUCUUAUGUUAGCGACAGGCAUGCUUUCGUCCAUCAUAAUUACCACUGGCGCAGCAGUCUUUUCGCGCUAUGAGGGCUGGAGUUAUUUCGACAGUUUCUAUUACUGCUUUGUGACGCUCACAACCAUCGGGUUCGGUGACUAUGUGGCGUUGCAAAACGAUCAGGCGCUGAUCAAUAAACCCGGCUAUGUGGCGCUCAGUUUGGUGUUUAUACUAUUUGGACUGGCAGUAGUCGCCGCCAGUAUCAAUCUACUGGUGCUACGCUUUAUGACAAUGCAAGCUGAAGACGCCAAGCGUAACGAACAGGAUGCUCAGCAAGCCGCAGCUGCCGCUGCUGCUAUCUCUAGUCAACCGAUUGCCUACGAUGUCGAAUCAAGCAAUUUCAAUAUGCAUGGCAAAUUGCUAGCUAAUUCAAAUUAUACAACGGAGUACGAUGAAACCGUAUCAAUCUGUUCAUGCACAUGCCUCGGCGGUACAAGGUGCCUCAAUCAUGAGACAUUCGCUGAUCCCGACUUUCGGCCAACUGAUAUUAUUGAGAGUACUUUGAGUCUGAAGCGUGCGUCAGUUUGAUAUACAUAUGGGCUCCAACAUGGCGACGGGAAAAAAAUGUUGCUGUGAUUGUCUGCAUAUCUUGUAAGGUUCUGCCAAGUGUAGGAGAUAAACGUUGUACGUUGCCAUAAAAUAUUUUUUUUUUAAAUCACAAAGUUUCCGAAAUUGGAACAUAUAGUAUGUAGCAUGAUAAAAACAUAACAAGGUAAAAUCAUUGAGAGGCAGUCUGACGUUUGCCAG